AUGGUCCAGUUGUGUUGUACAGCUUCCCUGGAGUUCUUACCCUUGUUCCUCAGCCCUUGCAUCCUAGGAAGUUUUUUAUGCGCCACCCCGGUGACGGGAGCCGAGCAUAAUCUCAUGUCGUUCUACACUCGUCGAAGCAAACCCACCCUGUUGAUGAGAAUUUCCGCUCUCAUGGGUCUCAGCAGUUAUAUUAACAAGCAUUGGUACAUAGAGCAGGGGCCUCGAUACGAAAAACUUCAUAUCAUAGAAUUGGUUGUCGAGCAUGUGAAACAAGGGUGGAAACUAUAUAUAUUUGGUGCUCCUAGUUACCAGAGAUUUUGCAAUCUCAGGGGGCAGUGGACGGUGAGCAGGUACAGGCUAAGCGGGCAGCAGCUGUUGUGGAGUUUGAAGGUGCCGUUUGACCGGAGUGUCCUCGUCUGGCACAUAGCCACUGAGCUCUGUGCCUACCACCCCAGGACAUCCGCCCAAGGUCAAGCUGAUCUCGCUCGCUACAGCAGGGCAAUAUCCAACUUCAUGAUCUACCUGCUCUUCGUUCAACCAGAGAUGCUUAUGCCUGGGACCAGGCAGGGUCUUUUCACGGCCGCCUGCAAUGAAACCGAGCUCAUGCUCAGCUAUCUCAGUGAGCCUACAUUGCCAUAUGAAGUACACGUGGCCGAGCAGAUUCUUGCCACAGCACGGUUUCCCUUGGUAUAUCCUGGGACUUUGGUUCCAGAAGCACGGGAUCUUGCCGAGGAACUGAUGGGGCUGCUGGACGACGAAGAGGAGAGGUGGAAGGUGAUCCAGGGCGUGUGGGUGGAGAUGCUCUGCUGCUCCGCCAGCAGGUGCAGGGGCUACUUGCACGCCAAGAGCAUGGGUGAAAGCCUGGAGCUCCUCACCUUGGUCUGGCUCCUCCUGUCACGGAUGGGGAUGGAGGCCUUCGCCGACAAGUUCCAGAGGCCCGGGCCUGGCCAACGAGAAGAUGAUAUCGUCACAGGUGCAUCACCAUCAGGACUGGAGCCCCAAGAGGACAUACCUGUCGAAGAAGAGAUUAGCAUCGUCUGA